UACACAAUAGGCGAGGUUUUGCCUUCCUUAUCACGUUUAUACACAAGAACCUUCUUCAUGGUUUAUGUUCAAUACAGAAUUUAAUCACCCCAUUCUUCUGCUUUUCAGAUGUAAAAGCCAAACGUAAUCCCGUCCACUUCAAAGAUCGUUGAAGUACUAUUAAAUUGUAGAAAAUAUUUUGUAAAGGAUGGCUACUGUGCAACAGCAUCAGCAACAGCAGCAAUCAACUACCCAGCUUGAGUUCCACCAGGCGAUGGCUGAUUUUAAAACAAUGUUUCCGGAAAUGGAUGAUGAUGUGAUUGAGGCUGUGCUGAGAUCCAACCAAGGCGCUGUUGACACAACAAUAGACCAGCUUUUGGCCAUGAGUUCUGAUAAUGAAAAUGAAAAAAUUCGAAACGAAAUUGUAGAAACGACGGCAUUAUCUGACCAUGAUGAACCAGAUGGAGCAGGAGUGGUCUCUGAUAUUAAAGAAACACUCAGGAUGGUUAAAGGCUGGAAUCCUCCCCUCUUGAUUCCACUCCCACACGACUUCCUGCGUCUCUCACAUGACACUAAACAGAUGGAAGCUGACAUAGAGGACGAACGAAUAGCCAUGUUACUUCAAAAUGAAGAAUUCAUGACUGAGCUAAGAUGGAACAAGGAUUUCCUUACAACGCUAGAAAAUGAUAGCCCUCCUGAGGAACGAUUAGCAAGCUUUCCUGGACGCAUGGGUGAAGAUGAUCUGUUUAAAGAAAGACUGAGGAAUAUGGGAAAAGUGUCAAAGAAGAAAUUUUCCCAGUUGGCGAGAGUGUUCACUGGAAGAAAGAAAAGAACACCUACAGCAAAGGCGAUUUUGAAUCAAGGAACUACACCCUCUAAAGAUAAUCUUUUGCUUAAAGAAGAUUUAGAUGGUGAAGGAUACUAGAAUGAAAAAACUUUAUAACUAACUUUGUUAUGACUGUUACUAGUCCUCUUAUCUAUUAAUAUUGAUUUUUACAAUAAUAAAAAAAAUGUUCAUAGGUGAAAAUAAAUAACUAAGCAUAAGAAAAGCAUUAUUUGAUAUCACUAGUAGUUUUGUAACUGUUAAAAAGUAGUUUGAUUUAAAAGGUAUUUUUAGUAUAAUGCUUCAAUGUACUAAAAUUUGCUAGUUAAUACAUCAAUUUUAAAGUUUGAUUUAUCAUUUAAACAAUAUUAAAGAUUGUGAUUUUUCUAUCGUGAUUGUUGUCACCUCACUAUUGUACACACUCAAGUCUCAGUGAUAACUAGAAUUAAAAUUUUUCAUAUGGCAGUCAAUAUUGUGAUUUCUCCAAAUUAGUAGUAAAUAGAUUGUUGUAUUUAAAAAUUUCCUAAGAAAAUCCAUUUUAUAGACACAAUAAUAGGUUCAUUACCUGUCAGGAGAAAUACAUUAAGCCAUAUCAUUUGUACAAAUAAAAUAACAACCUGUUUUACUUUUAUAAUUACUUUCAUAAGACUGUAAACACGUUUUGUGCAAGCAAACUUUCCAGUUUAGUUACCUUGUUAUAUGCCAAAGAUAAAUGUUAACCAAAAAGCAUUCCAAUUAAAUUUAAAAAAAUAAUAUACAUAACUAUAUAACUAUCAGUGAUUAUUAAAUUACGGUAAUUCUCGUAUAGUUAUUAUAUCUUAAGAGUUGCUUUUUUAAAAUGUAUUUUUGUUAAACAAAUGAUUAAUUAUUGAUUUUGAGUAUUUUUUUCCUUUG